CGGCUCAUCACUACAACUGGCGACAUCAAAGAAAAAACCGUUCACAAGCCGCGUGCUGCAAGCCUUCUCACGUGCCUCAGAGCGCCUUGUAUCGACCCGCAGACCUCGCUUUGGGUAGAGGGAUCAUCAGGCUUCCCGUUGGUGUAACACCCUGUCAGAAUGGGUAACGCCGCGCCGCGCGCGCAGCCGCAGAGCGUGCUGGACAGUGCAUCGCAGUACCGCACCUUCCUCAUGGACUACACGCCGCGUUCGAUGGAUAUGAUGUUUGGCAGCUUGAUUGGAGACGGCAAAUUCCUCAAGAGCAUCUCGUGCAAGUGUGACGAGGGGCAUUUAGUGGUCAAGAUCUACCGUAAAUAUGACGAACGCGAGUCCUUAACCAGCGCUGAGGUGGCAUUGCGCCGUCUAGCGCUCGCCUUUUCCGUGGAACAGCAGCCGAAUGUGAUCCCAUACGCAGACUUCCAGUUGUCCAACAAGUACAAUGUGGCCUUCAUGGUGCGUCAAUACUUCGCCUCGAAUUUAUACGACCGUAUCUGUUCCAGACCGUUCUUGACUAUGGUGGAGAAGAAAUGGAUCGCCUUUCAGAUACUGAGAGCGCUGGAGCAGAGCCAUGCCAAGGGCAUCUGCCACGGAGACAUUAAACAGGAGAACGUCAUGGUGACAAGCUGGAAUUGGGUCUUUCUGACGGACUUUGCGCCGUUUAAACCGACCUACAUCCCGGAGGACGACCCUGCAGACUACAAUUACUACUUUUGUGCUAUUGACGCCACUCGACGUGGCUGCAGUGUGGCACCAGAGAGAUUUUACGGUAAAGGAUCUGUGUCGAUGAGUGGAGCUACUGGGUCAACGCCCGGGACUGGAGGGAUCAACUCAAUGAAAACACCCGAUGCUGCGAUGAUGCUCUCUAGAAUGGCAGAUAGUGAAGUGACAGUGGAAGAAGUGGACAAACAGAUUCUGGCUAUGGGCAUGGGCAGUGCAACAACGACAGGAAACCCCAUGCAAACGCCUCCAUUGACGGCGUCGAAUAGCAGUGCACCCUCGUCCUAUUCUCGCUCGCGUCGUGAAGGCAGUUUACUGGAAUCUAUGGAUAUUUUCUCGGCUGGAUGUGUGAUUGCUGAGCUUUUCUUGGGUGGCAAACCUCUCUUCGAUCUCCCGUCGUUGCUUAAAUACCGUACUGGAGACUCAGAGGCGCUACGAUAUCAGCUGAAGAAAGUGGGAGACCCACGUCUUGAGGAACUGCUUCUGCACAUGCUACAGUUGGAUCCGACUGCACGGCUGUCGGCUAGUGGAUAUCUGGCCAAGUAUACGAGUCCAAGUGGCCUGUUUCCGACGUAUUUCGAUAACUUCUUGUUCCGUUUCCUCGUGCUGGUGCUGAGUCGCGGUGGAAAAGUGCCUGAUGCACGUAUCCGCCUUGUAUGCAAGUAUUAUGGACGAUUGGUGCGUGAAAUAGCGGGUGUUGAAGACCCAGAGGGGGAAGAGUUCUUUAAGCUGCGGUUGAAGGAAGGUUACGGCUCAGACCGCUUAGCGACGGCCACAGGAGGAGAUCAGCAGACGCAUGUAGCACAGCGUGUACUUGAAGAGCUGAACCAGACGAUUCCUACGAAACACGGCAAGCAGAAGGCUGAGCGAGACAACUCGGCACUCACGAAGCUUCAAAAGAUGAAGGAGAAAGAGAACGACAUGCGUGGUCUCAGUUCUACCUUACAGAAGAAGAAGAUUGAGAAGCUGCACGACCAGUUUAAUGCUCUUAACCAGAAGAAGAGCAACUCGCUGCUUCUAGGCUAUGCUCGUGAGCCGUCCACAGGUCGUUUGGAUGAAGAAACAUCGGAGGAUGCUGGAGGCAAAGACGGAGCGGGUAUGAACGGAUCUUCGGUUAAGAGUAACACGGCUACACCGCCACCACACUCAAGUAAGUCACGACGUAUGAAGCCACCGACAUAUCCUGGUAGCGAACCGUGGCCUCAAGAUCGCAACGGCAUCGUUAUUGUUUUGUCGCUCAUUUGCUCUAGUCUCCGACAUGUUCAAGUUCCAGAGUCGAAGCUCACAGCGCUGUAUCUGAUCCGUGCGUUGGGUCAGUUCACAAGCGACGAAGCUCGACUGCAGCGUCUGAUUCCGUACCUUCUCGAGGUUAUUGACGAUCCCAGCGCCACUGUGCGCGCUUUGGCUCUCCGCACAAUCACCUAUUUGCUGUCGUUGGUGGAAUCCUUCCCACUUGCUGACGCCUCAGUGUUCCCACAGUAUGUGCUGCCCGCUAUGGUGCCUUUCCAGUCUGAUCCGGAUGAGUUGGUUCGUAUCACAUUUGCCGAGUGUUUACCCCAAUUGGCUGAAACCAGUCGCCGGUUCUUGGAGAUCGCGCACGCUAUGAAGCAGAAGACACUAACGUCGUCGGGAUCGGCCGCCACGAUGUCCAACCGAGGCACCGAUUCGUCUGUUCCCAGCACGUUGUACAUGGCGUCCAGCAGUUUUGAUAAGGAGCUGAGUGUGUUGCACAAAAUGAUCUCUCGGUUCGUGAUCCAGCUCACUACGCCCGAUCAAAAGGCCUCGUCGUCUCUUGUCAAGCGCGCGCUGCUCGUCGAUAUCACAAGACUCUGCGUCUUUUUCGGCCAAGAACGUACUCUUGACGUGGUGCUGCCACAGCUCAUUACUUUCCUCAACGAUCCAGACUGGGAGCUACGUGGCGCAUUCUUUGACUACAUUGUUGGCGUGUGCUCAUUUGUGGGACCUGUAGCUGUGGAGCACAACAUCCUGCCGUGCAUUGAGCAGGCUUUGUUUGAUGUACAGGAGAUUGUCAUUACCAAGGCGGUGGAGUGUCUAACUGGACUAUGUCAGCUCGGAUUGUUCCAGAAAAAAAUCAGUACGCUCGUGGAGAAGGCUCGUAUGACGUGUUCGUUGCUGUUGCAUCCGAGCUGGUGGAUACGCGACGCUGUGUUGAAGCUGAUGGGCGAGAUUGCCUUGAAGCUGCGCAGUGUGGACGCCAAUGUGUUCUUGAGUCCGCUGCUACGGCCAUUUUUGCGCAAGACGAUGGUGUUCCUACCCGACGAAGAGGUUUCUGCAGUCACCAAGCGACUUCGAGAUUGCUGUCGGCCCCAUGUGUCGCGCGAGACAUUCGAUCGCGCGCUUUUAGCGUCCUCGUCUUCUUCUGGCCUCAAUGAAGUCAUUGCUGAAAUGGAGAGAUCUGUUUCGCAGGUUUGUGAAGAGAGUGAUGACGAUAUGAUCCCACCUGCGCCUCUCACUGCAAUGACGACGACGUCGCGAGAGUCUCUAGAGGAGCCGAUCAGCGAUAUUUCUGCGUCUCGUAAGAACAGAGACCCUCUGUUGAGCUCCGAUUCGAUUGACGGGUACGGUAUGUGCCGUCAACAAUCGUCUGGUGCAGCAGUCGCAUCGUCUGCAGCGAUAACCGCAGAAACUAUCUCGAAUAGUGUGGAUGAUGGCGUGUCUUCAGUCUACGAUCAGCGCAAAAAUGAGAUCCAAUCACUCAAGCUCAUGCAACAGUACGUGUCGAUUGCCUCAAUGCAGAUGCGCAGCAAGUUGGAAAUGGCCAAGACAGAGCAAGCUGCACGUAUGCAAGGACCUUCCAAGAGCGAUCGUGCUGGAUCACCGCACGGUUCAGCGUCUAGCACAUCGGUGACUGUCGGGGGUGGCGCUGGAACCAGCAGCAACCCAUUCGCUCGCAAGCUUUCGCGCUCGCAUCUUCGUGUUCUCUUCGUACCCGAUAUGCGCUUUGCACUUUCGACAGCUCAACCUCUGAAGGCCAGCAAUUUUGGCAUCUCGUCGUCUUCUUCUGCAACGGCCAGUAGCUCUACAUCCACGUCGGCAGCUUCUACAUCUACUGCUCUGGUAACGAGGUCUCGCUCGCAUGCAGCCGGCAGCUCGCCGUCUCAUCGUGGAGCUGGUCAGAAUGGAUCACCGACUGGAACUCCCUCGUUGGAGAGCCUCUCGUUGUCGCAUGUGGGCAAGAUGUACAGCCUUGUGGAGCCAAGCACACCCAUUUCAGCAUCUCCGAUCACAGUAACGGGUCCGUCGUCUGUGGUUCCUCCUGGCUCUCUAUCCUCUUCGCUGGACGACUCUGGACUGGGCCAAAUGGAUUCCAACCACUUCGCACCCACCAGCGGUGGAGUUAUGGUGAGUAUGCUUAACAUGAAUAUGCGCGAUAUGUACGGCGGCGACGGUAUGAGCAGCUUGCUGGAUCCGCAUCACCAUCCAGUCCACGCGUCGCCUGUAUCGCCUCCUAGACAGAGGAUGAUCAAGAAGGCUCACACAACGUAUCACCACUAUUUCGCUUUCAAGGAGUCAGCGAUGGACCCCGCGCUCGGAAAUCCUCGCAAGUUGCUAGCACGUCUGAACGCACUGGGUAUCCCUCCGUUGCCACCUGAUCUUGGUGCGCUGCGGCUUUCGGAUGGCUCGCCUUACUCUAUCUACAGUCACGCACCAAGUCCAUACUGCUUGAUGGAUGGCUUCGGAACUUCCGGGGUAGGUAAUGGAGCACCAGGCAGCGAGAGAGGAGGCACGAGUGUUUCGAGUGUAAAUUCAUCUCCAGUUCAGAUUGGCAGUAGUACGUAUCCUCCAAACGGUGGUAGUACGUUUACUGCAGCGGUGGCAGCAGCUGCAGCAAUCAAUGGAGGUGUAACACCCGGAAACUUUGGCAGUUCUUCCAGUAGUAACGGUCCUGGAAGCAGCUCGAGUAGUGCCAACGGAGUGAGCAGCAGUGGUGGGUACCCUAGCUCGUCUUAUCGCAACUGGCAACCUCGCAAGAACGUGCUGGUGGCGGAACUGGCGGAACACUCGGGUGCUGUUACACGCGUGAAUGCUGCUCAAGACUACAGCUUCCUAGCAUCGGCUUCAAACGACGGAACAGUGAAGAUUUGGUCCGUGCGAUCGCUGCAGCACAGUGUAAAUCAAGGAUCACGAUGCACGUAUGAUGGCCAGGGUGGAGUGAUUACCGAUAUGAAGGUGCUUACCAAUAGCCACUCGGUUGCCUCGGCCUCUAGUGACGGCACAGUGCACGUCUUCCGAGUGGAUAAGGUGAACUCUGUGGGUGGAAACGUACAGACGACUGGUCUCAAGGAGCUGCGUGCGAACAACAGCGCAGUCAUGGCAAUUGACUACUUGAACAACGUCACGGAGUCUCUACUGUUGUACGCUACUCGCGAUGGCAAGAUCCACGCGUGGGACCUGCGUAUGCGCCGUGAAGCCUGGACUCUCAGUAUAUCUCCUGAGCUGGGCUACAUUACAUGCAUUACGCACUCGCUAGACGUGAGUUGGUUAGCUGUUGGAACGAGUCGAGGCUUCUUGUGUCUGUGGGAUCUGCGCUUCUUGGUGCUUAUCCGGGUCUGGAGACACUCGUCCCAUCGUGCGAUCCACAGACUCCAGCCCUGCUUGGGUUUGCCCAACACGCUGCCACUUGACGAGACGUCGGUGCCGCUAGUAUUCGUGGCUGCUGGCGAUGGUGAAGUCGCGGUGUUCGACCUCAGUAUCGGCGCCUGUCGUGCUGUGUUCCGUACGCUUGAAGCGCAGGCAUCUGAAGCCGAAGCUUGCAAGUGUCCAACACUUCUGCACGUGCCGAUCCCUCACCGUAGUCGCAGUGUACUUGGAAGUUUCCUGGGCAUCCUUGGCAUCAGUACGGCCUUCGACGAGAUCGCCACGUCUCCCCUAAGUGAAGAACCGAGUGUACGUGCGAUGUUGUGUCCAUCCCUGCAUCUGCGUGGCAUUGGAGACGCGUUGAUUACUGGCGGAGAAGACCGACAACUGCGGUAUUGGGAUAUUCGCAAUGGAAAGCAAUCGUACACUGUCUGCGGCAAUGGAGAAGCCAAGUCGUUCUACGACAACCAAGCUCCUCCUAACGACUGGUGGCGCAUGAGCUCGUCAGCGUCUGCUCCAAAACGUUUUGAUGAGAUGCCAUCGGUGCCAGUCUCGACCGCGCAAGCCAUCACGAAGCCUGAGUUGGCGUGGAGUAAGCUGAGUCCUCCUCUCAUUACUGUGUGUCAGGACUCGUCCUUCUACUCGUCUCCGGGAGGCGUCGCGGGUGCAGCAGCUUCGGGAGCUGGAGGUGUGGAGUCCGCUAUCAGCAUGGAACGAAGAGGCCUCGUACCCCCGUCUCCGGCUCACACGGACUGCAUCCUGGACCUGACACUUGUGGAGUUGGGAAGCAGCCAGAAUCCAAGCCCCAUGCUGGUUUCCAGUGGUCGUGACGCACUCAUUAAGGUGUGGAAGUGACGACGUGCAGUAGGAGAGUAUUGAAGUGAUCAGCUAAGAAGAAUAACAUGAACAUGAAUGGAUAGUGUUGCGCGUCUAAAGUUGCUACAAUUGACUGGUCAAUUACCGCUUCUUGUGGCGCUUGUUGCCGCCCUGUUGGCGCUUCAUCUUGAG